AUGAAUUAGGAAAACAAUUAGAAUAAUAAAGAAAAUUUAGAGGCUUACACUCAUUAAUUUUGCAGUCAAUUAAGAUCUAAUGAAACUGUUAAAAUGUCAAGAGCAAAAUAUAUGGGUUUAUAUAAGUAUUAUUAAUAUUAUUCAUAAUUUAAGUUGGACCUAUGAAUUUUAGAAUGAUUAAACAAUUAUAUUAAAAAGUAUCUUUGAAGAUUGGCUUUUAAAAUAUUUUGAGACAUAAAUGAUUCCAAUAUUAAUAAAUUCUUAAGAUUUCAUUGAAACUUUUAAUUUUGAAUUAGGUCUAUUUAAGAGUAUUUUAAGGUAUUUUUCAAUACUUUUCAAUAAUUAUGAUACUUUAAAAGGAUCUUCAUCACUUUAUAUUGUAGAAUUAGGCUUGUUAAAUUUUGACAAACUUGUUUUGACUCAUAAUACAAUUAAAUAGCGAUAUAAAGAUUCUUUAAUUGAUAUAUUAAAUUAAAUAAGACUAAGCAAUAAUCCAAAUAAGAAAUAAUAACUAAAAAAUUUCAUUGAAGUAAUGUGAUUAUUACUAUUUAAAGAUAUUGGAUUUGAAUAUAUUGGCAUAAAAUCAAAGAUUAGAAAUAAUCAGUGUUGAGAAAGAAGUCUUUAUUAAAGUGAAAUAAAAAUCUCCAAAAAUGCCAUCACUUCCAAAUCCUCAAUCUACUUAUGAUACUUUUUUAUAUGAUGCAGUUUAAGAAGGAACAAGAAAAAUGUAUUCAGAAAUAUCUCAAACUUGGAUUUCUAGUGGAUCUAGUAAUGAGUAUGUAAAAUUAGCUACAUAAUAAAUGAUUAUUGAAGAAUAAUUAAAGGAUUAAUUUUAUAAUAAGUUUUCAAGAUCAGAUGAUAUUUUCAAGACAUUUAUAAAUGAAUUACUUGAAUUAAAAGUGGAUUAAAUUCUAUAAAAUCCUUAAGAUGGAUUAUAAUAGCAAUUUAUUUAAUUGAAAUGCAGUGAAGAUUUAUCACCAAUCUCAAAGAUUUAUUAAUUAUAUAAGAAGACAUAAAAUUAUAUUGAAAAAUUAUUAAUAGAAUUUUAAAUAUUUGUUAGAAAUUAAAUAACUUAAGUACUAACAGAAUCUGAAGAAAAUAGUUAAUAAUAAUAAGUUAAAUAAGGAUAAUAACAAUAAGCAAAUAAAAGUUUAUAGAUUCAUUAAGCUUAAAUUGAUAAUCUCUAAAAAAUUUAUGAAUAUUGCAUAACAUUAGUAUAAAUUUGUUUUGAAGGUUCACAUAGGUUUAGAAAUCAUAUGGAAUUAACAUUUAAGGAAAAAUUAAAUUAAGCAGAAAGAUUUUUGGAUAAAUUAUCAAUGUAUAUUAAUGUUUCAUUGAAAGAUAAAUUAAAAGAAACUAGUAAUGAAGAGGAUAGAUAAAAGUUUGAAAAAUUCAAUAAGAAUAUUUUAGCUUUUAUCUAAUUAAUUAAUAGCAAAGGAAAAUUAUUUUAAAAAAUUACAGAUAAUCUUAAAAAUAGAAUUUUUAAAGGAGAAAUAAAGAAUUAAGGAUAUGAGGAAGAAUUUCUAAAAUCAUUAAGAAGAGGACAUCCUGAACAUUUGCCAUCAGAUUUAUUAACAGUUUGGAAAGAUUUUAAAUAUUAUAGAAAUUUAGAUAAUGAAGUAUAGACAUUAUUAUUUAAUAAAAAAAUAUUAUAAGGAACUAAUGUUUAAUUUACUAUUUUUACAAGAACAAAUUCUUUAAAAGAAUUUAAUACAUAAAAUAGAAGAGAUUAAGUGAAUCCUCCAUUAAUGAUUUAAUAGGCAGUUAAUUUAAUGGAACAAUUUUAUUAAAUAAAAUAAUAAACAGAAAAAAAAUCAUUGAUUUGGAAUUAUAGAAUAGGAUAAUCAACAAUUAAUUAUAGGUAAUUAUAAUAUUUUAUAUAGAUUUGGACCAUAAAUCUAAUAAGUAGGCAAGAUUAUUGUGUCUAAUUUAUAACUCUUUAUUAUUCUUUAUUUAAAAUAAUAUGGAGGAAGAUCUAAACCAGAAUUAUUAAAUGAUACAGGUAUUAGUUAUGAAGAAGAAUUAAGUUAAUAAAUGGAAAAUCUAGUGGAUUCAAGAUUAAUUGUUGAAAUUGAUGGAAAAUUUUAUUUAUAAAAAGAGUAGACUAAAUUAAAAAUGCAAAUAAUUCCCAAUAGACCAAUUACAUUAGUACCUAAGAAAGUUGCAGAAAAUUCUGAGGAUUAAAUACUUUUGAAAAAAGAAAGAGAUCUUAAAAUAUAAUCAAGCAUUGUAAGAUUGAUGAAAACAAACAAAGUAAUGUAUUAUCCAUAAAUAUUUGCUGGAGUAUAAAAAGGAUUACUUGGAUAUUAUGAUUUUUCUGCUUAAGAUAUAUUAGCUCAAAUUGAUGAAUUAAUAAAUUCUAAUUACAUAAAAAGAGAUGAAAAGAUUAAUAACAAGUUUUAAUAUACACCUGUAUGA